GACAACUCAUUUCCCCAAAAAAACCCAAAGUCUCGUAUUUCUCUUAAUUUUCGCUAGUCGCAGGUUUUUCCGAUGGCUUUGACCCGGGAACAGUACCUAUACAUGGCCAAGCUAGCCGAGCAAGCCGAGCGCUAUGAGGAGAUGGUCCAAUUCAUGGACAAGCUGGUUGUCAGCGCUGCCGGUUCCGAGCUCACUGUAGAGGAGCGCAACCUCCUAUCGGUGGCUUACAAGAACGUAAUCGGCUCGCUCCGAGCCGCGUGGCGCAUAGUGUCUUCGAUUGAACAGAAAGAGGAGGGGCGCAAGAAUGACGACCACGUUGCUCUUGUCAAAGACUACAGAUCUAAGGUCGAGAGCGAGCUGUCUGAUGUUUGUGCUGGGAUUUUGAAAAUUCUGAAUGACUACCUGAUCCCAUCUGCUGCUUCGAGUGAGUCCAAGGUAUUUUACCUGAAGAUGAAGGGGGAUUAUUAUAGGUACUUGGCUGAGUUUAAGACUGGGAACGAGCGCAAGGAGGCUGCUGACGAUACUAUGCUUGCUUACAAGGCUGCUCAGGACAUUGCACUUGCGGAUCUUGCUCCCACGCAUCCCAUACGACUGGGUUUGGCCCUGAACUUUUCUGUUUUCUACUAUGAAAUUCUAAAUUCAUCAGAGAAGGCUUGCAGCAUGGCCAAACAGGCAUUUGAGGAAGCUAUUGCUGAGCUGGACACAUUGGGUGAGGAAUCAUACAAGGAUAGCACUCUUAUCAUGCAGCUUCUGAGGGACAAUCUCACUCUUUGGACCUCAGACAUGCAGGAUCAAAUGGAUGAGGCUUGAGCUGAUGGCUUUAUCUAUCUACUCCUCAAGGAGGUGGGCUUGAAUGUCACAAUCUGUCUAUUGACUGUAAUUUGCAUAUAUACUCAAUGCCGCCUGUCUUUGCGCUUUGUUAUCAGGAUAACUUUCUUAAUUCUCGAAGUACCUAGGUGAUUGAAUGCACGUUUUCUGCUUAUAGCCGUUGAAUAUCUAUUUGGCAGAACAAAAUUGACUGUGAUGUCAAGUGUUAAAAUCAAACUUUUAAAUUAGAUUAUUGUGAUUUGUCCUUUGAAUC